AUGAACGGCUUCAACUUCGCGAUCACGGGUUGUUUCCGAUAUCUCGUGCUCUCGGCUGAGGAAAUUCGGUUGCCAAUGACAUCUACAGAUUGUCUAUUUACGACCCCGUGGCUGAUUAUAAUGCUUAUUGGAGAAACAUACCCUGCUGCGAUGACACUCGUAAUAUCACUCGAGAGGUUAUUUGCUGUUACGUGUAUGGCCAAAUUCCGGGUGUGGAAGAAUAGCCACAAGUUGAUUAUGGUGGUACUAGCGACACUGUUUCCAUUGCUCAUGCUCACCUCAGCGGUCAUUUUGGUUCUGGUUGCUCCACAGCUGAAUGCCAAUCGAAUGUGCGGGACGACUAGCGCGAUCAACAAGUACUACGGGCUCGUCCAAAAUACGAUGUCGGUUGCGUUGUACUUCUUAGGCUUUGCCGUGUCUUUAUACGUCAACAAUACGAUACCUUCAAAACGGUCCUGCACCCGCCAAGAAAUCCGGCAACUGAAGACGAUGAUUGCCAUCUCGUCACUAUCGCUGUGUUUCGUCGCCCUUCCGAAUUGUUUGCUGAUAGAGAACAGCUGGGGCCCGAUUCAAUUUUCCGACCUGGUCCAGGCC